AUAAUGGCGGAAGCUUGCAGUUGACAAUUUUUGUGAUAUACUGACAAAUAGGGCUAAAAUUCAAGCCAAAAUGUCGAAAUUUCUUUUGCUAUGCAAUGUAAUCAUAUUUUUCAUCUCCCAUUCUGGCUCCAACGAAGUGAAAAGCAUUCUUUACUUCAACAAUUCUUAUGUAUGGGAAAGUAUGGGAAAUCAUAUAAAAAGAGAAUGUGCUUCCUUUUUGAAAGAGUUUGCCAACGCGACGCAAAAAUUCAACUUGUGUAUAGUUAAACAUGCUAAACCUCUUCGUAUGUGCGAGGAAUGCACGGGACAAUACAGCUGGCUGCUCGAGAAAAAUCCCCUGGGUUUCAAUAGCAGUCACUGUGUUUUUGAUUUGGUGAGGUCAGAGAGAUUUCAGGUUGUUAUGAAAGUGUAUGACUUUCAAACUGGGAUCUGGAAGUCUGCGCAUUGUGAUAAAUGCUAUCAAUCUGAAUGGAAGAUGACACAACAAGCACAUAGGUUCUUUCAUAAGCAGAGGGAAGUCGAAUCUUGCUUUAGAAAUUUUACUGUCAUAGAAAUGAAUCCCAAUGCAACGAACAGAAGUGUCUGCGAUGUGUGCAACCCACACUACCUGAGUCUACGAAAGAUUUACUAUGAAAUAUUAGAGGAGACAACAGACAAUAAAGAUGAGGAUGAAUUGUGUGUUGAUAUCAUGUCAUUGAUGAACGACACAAGACGAGAUUGGACAGGAUACAAUUGCAAUAAAGUGAAACAAAAGAACUACAACGUGUUGUAUUUGAGCGGCUUGUUUGGUUUUCUGACGUUCAUAUAUUAUGCUGCUGUGAGAAAACACGAGAAAUACAAGAACAAGAUACAAGCACGUUCUCGAAGAGCGAAACAGGUCGUGAACUACGAUUCAGAAUGAUCCUCGUAAAGAUGGCGAUCUUCGUUCCGUCAUGGUGGAAAGCAAUCCGUUGUCGUAUUCAUUCCUCGUGAAUUUUCGUUGCUUGAUCUCUCCUUGAUUGAGUGAAUGAAGGAUUGUUGUAGCUAUAUGGUGGAAUUCAACAAAACAUGAUUACACAUUACUGUACAUUACUUACUGUAUUUAUAAUUCACGCCAAUUAAUGCGCGUAUAGACUUUUAAUAUGGACAAACUUUGGAUUUAGGAGAUGAACAAAUAAACCAACAAACUGCCAGCACUAUAAAAUACUGUUCACUGUUUCAUCAAAUGUUCAGAAGCAACAAGUUGGUAUGAAACCAUGUAGUAAAUUGGUAACCGAAUGCAGACCAGGCAUUCUCCCUUUAAACUAAAUUUUAAAACUUAGGAGUUCAUCACUUCAACUGGAAAGAGCAUCCCAGAAUUACUAAGAUUGGAAGGUUUCGUUACGAAAUAUUGAAAAAUAUGAAAAAUAUCGCCGCGUAAUGUUGAUUUUCUAAGGGUGUUUUUCCGUCUGGCGGAAUUUUUUGAUCGAACGAGUUUUUCCGCCAGAUUUUUUUCCAAAUGUAGGAGGAAUUCGACCGUAGCAUAUUUUCUUGAUUGUCGGUCUUUAUUGUCUGUUGUCUCCUCGAAUUGAAAAUUAAGCUUAACCUAUAAAUUUACAACAAAUUUAGUUUUAAAGGGGUCCAUUACGCUUCACUUCUAUAUCUAAGAUCUAAGACUGUACGACCUGCUUUAGUCGUUCAUUACUUCCUUUUAUUAGUAAAAUGAAGAAAUUAAAUGGUGUAUGAUAAUAGAUCAAGACUCAAAAUUGAAUUUGCGCGUUGCAUUUAGGAAUAGGCUAAUUAUUAAAUCGCGUCUACUUCUAGAAACGGUGGAAACUUGUCUUUCCACCAAAAUUUUGCCUCGCUAU